GGUAAAUCCGGGGUGCGAGACCCGUUGUUUUAGCAAUGGGCGUGCUUGGCAAAUCAUCUGAGACAGUGCCGCUUAGGUAAGCGUAGGUGUGUGCCUGGGUGCUCUUGCAUGCAGGCACGUACAGCACGGCUGGGGCUGGUGGAUUGCCGACUACAACUCCAACCCAUCAUCCAUCGUCAACAGAAACCCGCCCUUCCGCCUCGCUGGCCGAGUCGCCCAAACGCUCCCACCCAAAAGAUGGCGGCCAAGAACAUCCUCCCCACCGUCGAGGACUCGAAGCUCCCCGUCCGGGGACGCGCGCCCCGCCGGCACCGCGCCGUCGCCCUCUUCCUCAUCGCCACGAUCGUCCUCUACUGCCUCUAUAGCGGCAAGUAUACCGCGACCCGUGUCAGCCGCAUCGUCGUGCACCAGUCCACGUCAGACGUCCCCCUGCCAGUGCCGCAGAAGACGCUCAAAACCCCGGCAUUUCCAUACUUCACACCGGAUGCGGAUCUGCCAUCCGCUAACACGCACCUUGUGCCUUUGGAGGCGCACAUCAUGAGCAAGUGCCCCGACGCCAAGGACUGCCUGAAGGAGCUCGUCCUCCCCGCCAUGAUGCGCGUCUACGACAAGGUCAACUUUACGCUGUCGUACAUCGGCACCCCGACCGAGAACGACGGCGUCGAGUGCAAGCACGGCCCCAACGAGUGCAUGGGCAACAUUAUCGAGCUGUGCGCCGCCCACCUCUACCCGGACCCCAAGAUCUAUCUCGGCUUCACCAUGUGCCUCACCCGUGACUACAAGCUCAUUCCGCAGCGCGAGCUUGUGGAGGACUGUGCCCUCGAGCAUGGCAUCGACUUUGGCAAGCUCAACAACUGUGCCGCCCAGGACGAUGGCGCGUUGGGCAUGAGUAUGCUGCGCAGCAGUGUUCAGAGGACGGCCGCGGUAAGUCUCCGUUCGUCAUCAUGGGGUGUGCCUUUUAUCUGCUGUUGUCUACUCUAUUCUGACAUUGUCUCUCAUCCCCAACAGGCUGGAGUGACGAAGAGCUGCACCGUCCGUUUAGACGAGCAGAUCUACUGCAUAAGGGACGAUGGGGAAUGGUCCGACUGCCCCUCUGGCGCCGGCGUCAAUGACCUGGUCAUUGCUGUAGAGAAGAUUUACCGGAGGUCUUGAGCUUAAGCGGCAGAAAUACAUCAGUCCAGAGCUCCGAGGCCUCGCCCACCGUAUAGUUCAUUGUGACCGUGUCCAUGCCCGUCUCCUCGUCCCCUUGCAUGCCCUCGAGCUGCUCAAUGAUGCUGUCCAGUCCCACGGCCUUGCCGAC